GUUUGGUGACUCAUGUACAGAAUAGUGAGAAAAAGCCUGUGACAACAGAAACAGAAGAUGGCAAACAUGUACUACCUAAAAGUUUGGAAAGUAUUCCCAGAGCAGACUAUUUUCCUACACAAAGACAUCGUUGGAACACAAAUGAGGAAAUUGCAUCAAUUUUAAUCAGUUUUCAUAAACAUGAAGAGUGGUUAUCCAAAGAGGUGAAAAUUAGGCCUAAAAGUGGAUCAAUGCUCUUGUACAGUCGAAAACGUGUUCGUUAUCGACGUGAUGGAUAUUGUUGGAAGAAACGUAAAGAUGGAAAAACAACAAGAGAGGACCACAUGAAGUUAAAAGUUCAAGGCACUGAAUGUAUUUAUGGUUGUUAUGUUCAUUCUGCCAUUCUACCAACAUUUCAUCGUCGAUGUUAUUGGUUACUACAGAACUCGGAUGUUGUUCUAGUACAUUAUCUGAAUGUUCCCUAUAGUGAUGAUAACAAACUACUUGUUACACCAAGUUUGAGUUACUGUGCUGAUAAAAAGGAAUGGACAAAAGAGGAACUUGUAUCACAACUAAAACCAAUGUUUUAUAGUGAAAAUGAGCCAGAUUUGAACAAUGAGCUUGAAAUAUCAACUGCAGAGACUGUUGAAGCUAUUGUUCAACAGUUAAUGGAGAAGCAGCGAGCUAAAGCUGCUGUAAGGACUCAUGAAUGUGCCUGUGAUAGCACCACAAAGUCAGUGGGAAAUACCUCUGAAAAUAAAAAAUGUAGUCAUACAUUGCAUCGUAUAAUCUCACCAAAAUCACAAUCACGCAAAAUGAGUUCAUCUAACUCAACAGUAUCAACUACUACUAAUCAUGUUUCAUCAUCCACAACUUUGGUAGCUGUUAGUCAAGCUGGAAUUCAGAAAGUGGAAGAAACUGCCAAUAAACGCACAGUGGGCACUACAAGAAGUGCAACAACUGUUACUGCCACUAGAACAGGUAGUGUAAUUUUAGCUGCACCCUGUCAACCUGUAUUGAAAAGUAACAGGCAAAAAGACUUAUCUCAGACAUCUACAACAGCUACCACAUCUUUAAUUCUCAAUUUAUCUCAUUUACAAGAAGGAAGUGGACUUUUAAUUUUAAAUAGUGCUACUGCUGCAACAGAAGUAGGUUUAGCUUCAGCAUCUGUUACUCCCGUUACCUUCUUAUGUGGUCAAGAAACUGUAACUACCUCUCAUACUCAACCAACGACUUCAGUGUUGACAAGUUCUCUCGCAAAUAAUAAUAGCGACAUGAGUCACGUUGAAGAUACUAUUGAUUGUGAUAAUCAGAAUGAAAAGACUGUGUUUUGUACUAGUCCGAAUGGGAAAGAUCCUAAUUUUGGUAGCAUUGCUGAUGAAUUGCCAAAUAAGAAAAAAGAUAAUCUGAGCUUUUUUGAAGAUGCCUUGACAAUGCCUCAAGAUUUACAGAAGACACCACUUUCUGCCAAUAUGCUUCCUCCUAAAUGUCUUUUAUCAUCUCAGAUCUCAGUGAAAACAGAACCAAAUCAUUCCAAUAUUGAUCCAGUGGAUCUUAGUCCAAUGGACUUUAUUGACAAUGACAUUUCAACACCAGACGAAGAAGUUUUUAGUUUAGAUACAUUUGAUAUGCUCUCUGAUCUCCCUAAUUUGGAUGAAAUUAAUCCUGAUCUUGCUCCAAGCAGUGGUUUUUCCAUGAGUAGUCCUUCAGCACUAAGCAUUUCAUCUGGUUUAGGUUCGACGGUGAAGUCUAAUAGCCCACAGUCUAUUAUUCACUAUCGUGAUGGAACUGCAAAUAUAACAGAUUAUUCACCUGAUUGGUCUUAUACUGAGGGAGGAGUGAAAGUCUUGGUCACAGGACCUUGGUAUUCGACUUCAUCUCCCUAUUCAGUAUUAUUUGAUAGAAUUAGUGUUCCGACCACUCUAGUGCAGAGUGGUGUAUUAAGGUGUUACUGCCCAAGUCACGAAGCUGGAUUAGUUUCGUUACAAGUUGCCUGUGAUGGCUUUGUUAUUUCCAAUUCUGUAACAUUUGAAUACAGGCAUCAACCUUCUUCUAUUUCCCAGAAAACAGACAAUUGGUUUGAUGUUGAAGAAACUACUUUGAAAUUCUCAUUGCUGGAAAGAUUAGAACUAAUGGGAGGAAAAAUUAAUUUUAACAAUCAGGAUAAAAAUGAAGUUUCUUCAUUAUUUUCACAGGUUAUGUUUGGAAAAGAGAAUUCGUUUGAAGAUCGAUUAGUAACAUUGUGCCAACAUUUAAUGAGUGCCACAUGGGUUCAGCGUUACGAUGCAAGCCCUCUGACGUAUUCUUCUUGUCCUGGAUUAACGUUACUUCAUUUAGCUGCAGCACUUGGUUAUAGUCGUCUAGUGUGUUCCUUGUUACAUUGGCGAGCUGAAAAUCCAUCUCUCAUUCUCGAAGCAGAAGUCGAUGCAUUAAGUAGAGACAAACAUGAUUGCACUCCACUGAUGUGGGCUUGUGAACGGGGCCACAAAGAAGUAGCUUUGUUGCUUUACCAGUGGAACAGAACAGCUGUUAAAGUGACAGACACUCAAGGAAGAAAUCCCCUUUCCAUGGCCAAAGAGAGAGGUUACGAUGAUCUGGUUGAACAGAUUGAAAAAACUGAACAAUCUCUUCAAAUUCAGGAUCUUGUUAACACAUCUGGAACUGACUCACUAUUACAGAGAAAUUUGACUGUUAAAUUACAAAUGUGGGCUUGUGAACGGGGCCACAAAGAAGUAGCUUUGUUGCUUUACCAGUGGAACAGAACAGCUGUUAAAGUGACAGACACUCAAGGAAGAAAUCCCCUUUCCAUGGCCAAAGAGAGAGGUUACGAUGAUCUGGUUGAACAGAUUGAAAAAACUGAACAAUCUCUUCAAAUUCAGGAUCUUAUGUGGGCUUGUGAACGGGGCCACAAAGAAGUAGCUUUGUUGCUUUACCAGUGGAACAGAACAGCUGUUAAAGUGACAGACACUCAAGGAAGAAAUCCCCUUUCCAUGGCCAAAGAGAGAGGUUACGAUGAUCUGGUUGAACAGAUUGAAAAAACUGAACAAUCUCUUCAAAUUCAGGAUCUUGUUAACACAUCUGGAACUGACUCACUAUUACAGAGUAGGAAUAUUUUGAAAUUGUUUAAAAAUUUUUAUUAUUUCCAUUUAUUGAUUGAAGAAUGUUUGGAAAAAAUAUUAAAUGUUUCAGGUGAGAUACAAAAUAACAAUGAAAGUCCAUAUAUUGAUGUUGUUGGAGUAUCAGAUGAAGAGGCAGAAAAUAAAUCCUUAGCAAGAAAUGGCGAUUCAAUGUCUAAUCAGAAAGAGAACUGUAAUGAUAUCAACAUAACAUCAAAUCAUGGAUCAGAAACAGAAAAUCAUGUUACAAAUGUCUUAACUCUUGCAGAACAGAUAAUAGCUGCAAUGCCAGACCAUAUUAAAGCUACUACAGUGGCAAAUUCAAAUGAGAUCACAGAUACAAAUGGAGAUCUUAAAGACGAUAUAUCUCAUUCUUUCUUAUCUCAAGAUCCAGAAAUGUGUUCAGUUGAAGGUUCUCCACCUUCAUUAACAUUAUUGAAUGGCAAUUCUAUUUUUGAAUUUAGUGACCAGAAUUACAGGUAUUGUGAUGUAGGCACACCAUCAUCAUCAUUGAGCCCCGCUUCAUCCUGUCUUCAGAGUCCUGGUAGCUUCACCUUAGAAUCACCAUCACCCCCACCCACAACUGCCGAUUUUUGUGAAUUCUUCCAAGCUUCAGGAAAAAUGAUGGAAACUGAUUUCUCAAAACUUACUCUUUCUGAUCAAGAACAACGUGAAUUGUAUGAAGCCGCAAAAAUUAUACAGAAGGCAUAUCGAUCCUAUAAAGGACAGAAACAGCAGGAAGAAGAUGAAAAAGAAAGAGCUGCUGCAAUUCUAAUUCAGAGUUAUUACCGAAGAUAUAAGCAGUAUAUGUAUUACAAGCAAAUGACAAAAGCAGCUCAACUUAUUCAGAAUCAAUUUCGUAAUUAUUGUGAACAUAAACGUUUCAAAAAGAGUCAAGAAGGAGAAAAUGGUAGUAAUCUUUCAGGAACUGUAAGUCCACUACAUUCAAAUGGAACUGCAAAUGGAAAUAAUAGUAACAGUAAUAAUGGAACAAACUACUAUUACAAUUUCUCUGAUUCAGACAAAAGACUGAACAGGGAUAGCAUAUCAUCAACAACGGCUUUAAAAAGAACAUUUUCUCAAAGACGACAACAUCAAGCUGCCAGGAAGAUUCAACAGUUUUUAAGGCAAUCCAAGAACAAUAUUUGGGACUAUUUGCAUGGGAAAGUGAGUUCAGAAAGAACGUGCAUUAGCAGCCGAAAAAGAGAAGCUAGUAGUGGAACCAGCGAGUCAACCGGUUCUGCACCAAAAAUCCCAGGAACAACUUAUGAACAGAGUGGAUGGAACCACUAAAAAUUAUGAAGGCAUCUGAUAGACAAUAAUGAAGAGUCAAAAAUAUAAUAGUAAUAAAAACUGAUACAAGUUUUAACCAGCACUGGCGAAGAAAGUGCUUUAAGGCAAGGAAAUGUAUACGUUCGAAUUGAGAAUGAGAAUACGAAAAACAAUGAAACGUUCAGACUUUAGUGUGAAUAAUCACCCAUUUACAUUUCUUUGUGGGGUGUCUUAAUGGCAUAUAUUGCUCUUUCUACUAGUAAACAUAAUAUAUUUAAUAACUGAAGUCAACAAUGAUGAGCUUAUUUUGCAAGAUCAGCUGUAGAUAAUGUCGGAUGAAGAAAAUGUCUCAGGAAAAUGUGGGAGAUUAACGUGCUAUAAGUUGACUGUUGUGUGUUCAUGAAACAGCCGAUUCCAAGAAUUUGUUUCAAUGAAUGAUAUUCUGCCAAAAAUAAUUUUUUGUUACAAUGAAAGUUCUCAUAGUGCUAUUAUAUGCAAUGACAUUUAUCUGCUGUGUCAGUUGUUCACUCGUUCAGUUUUACUUUUUUUCAUUCAUUUAGUGUGAUAAGUUAUUGAUAAACAUAUCUUGUGGACUUACUGUUAUUUAUUGUUAUUCUCUAUAUUUGAAUUAUGAACAAAAUCAAUUAAUUUAACUUCAAACUAAAAAUAUAUAGUUCUUUUUAUUUUAAAAGUUUAUCAUAUCAUUUGCAUACUGUAAGUUUUAAGGAGUAAACAUAUCAUGCAGCUCAGAAAUUUCGUGAGAAAUUUAUUCAAAGUCAUGAUUUGUUUUUAAAAAAAGCAGCAAAAUGUCAUGGUAAAUAUCUUUCUAUUUAUUUUAUGGACUACAGUUUUCAUUUUUAAUCCUUUGGCAAUUUCCAAAGCAAUCAUUUUAUUAGAAUGAAUAAAUAUUCUUUUAACAGGAGGAAAUUUAGAGCAAAAUAUAACUGCAGCUAAUUUUUCUUCAUUAUAUAUAUCGUAUAUAUACAUAUAUAUAAAUAAAUAUAUAUACACGUACACACAAAUGGAAACUAUGUAUAUUUGGCAUUUUUAGUAAAAUGAAAUAUUUUCAAGAAAAGCCUCCAAUAAAAAAAUCACUGUACAGAUAUCACCCUGUAUGAUCAAUUGUACAGUUAAGAAACAAAUAGUGAUAUUUUUUUGGUUGCAUUCGUAUAGAUAGUAAUAUUUUUAUUAUUCUAUUGUGACUAGUUUUUCAAAGAGAGAAAUUUAUCAUCAUAUGGAAAUGUAUUUAUAAUUGAAUUUAGUUGAGGUAGAUCAGUCCAAAAAUAAUUUUUUGGAGCUUCUCCCUGACUGAUACAUUCCACAUUAUGCUUUUAUUUUAUUUUAGAGAUUUUUAGUUUCCAUUGAAUCGUUUUUUUUUAUGCAUUUUGAUUUAUUUAUUGCAUUGAAACAUGUGCAUGCCAGGAUUGUUAUCAUUUGCUUGAACAUUAUAUUAUAGAUCUGAUUGAAAGUUUAAAAAAGGAAAAAAUGUUUAACAAGUUGCUAAGCAUUACUCUCCUCUUAAUGUUUUCAUUGCUGUUAAAUAUUUAAAAUAUAUUUAUUAUUAAGUAUUAUUUUGUUAUUUUUCUGUGUUAGUGGCAUAUUUGAUGUUGUUGCCAUUGUAUUUUAUUAAAAAGUAUUUUCUUUUUAAAAUUUAAUCAGUAUUGUUGGCAUUAUAAUGAUUGUAUUUUGGGUGAUUCAUCCUACAAAUUAUAAAUAUAAGAUGACUGCCCAAAAUACUUUUGUUAGUGGUAGUGACGUAGUCAUUGCUUUAUUAUAAAUAUAAAAUAAAUAAAUAAAAUAAAUUGUACGAACUGUGAUUUUAAAAUAGGGUCAUUUAAUUUUCCAGACAUAUUAGUAAAAUGAAAUUAAUUUCUAAAUAAUCCUGAAGAAAUUGUUGACUUUGAAUGAACAAGGCAAGUUUUUACUGACUUCUCUUUCCAAAUAAAACUAGCGACAAUUAAAGAAAACUAAAUAUGUUAUUCAUAAAAUAUUACUUAACUUUCAUCUGUUGUAUUACCAGUAAUGCUACUUAGGUGUGUAGUAUAUGCUUGGAGAGAAUCAACUUUAACUGCUGCUGUAUUGUUGCAAUUUAUAAAAAAAAAAGAAAAAAAAA